UUUCUCAAAUGUAUAAUCACUUGUUAAAGAGAACCGAUAAGAAAAGAAAAAAGACUGGAGAUGGAGUAUCAAACUAGCUUCUUCUACGAAAACCAAAGUCAAGAGUUCUCACCGGAGAACUCUUGUUCAACAAACUCAUGGAGCUCACAAGAAUCAUUCUUGUGGGAAGAAAGUUUCUUACAUGAUCAAUCCUUCCUCUCAUUUAGCCCUUCCUAUGAUGACUUCUUCACAUUUGAAUCAUCACUCAUCAAAGAAGAAGUAGAAGACACCGUGGUGGCUGAGGAGGAGGAGAGGUCAUACAGAGGAGUGAGGAAGAGGCCAUGGGGUAAAUACGCAGCCGAGAUAAGAGACUCAACGAGGAAAGGUAUAAGAGUGUGGCUCGGGACGUUCGACACUGCGGAAGAGGCGGCUCUUGCUUAUGAUCAGGCAGCUUUCGCUUUGAAAGGUGACCUUGCGGUACUCAACUUCCCCGUAGAUGUUGUUAAGGAGUCUCUCCAAAAGAUGGAGAAUGUUAAUCUCAACGGAGGAGAGUCUCCGGUGAUAGCUUUGAAGAGAAAACAUUCCAUGAGAAACCGACCCAGAGGAAAGAAGAAGUCUUCUCCUUCUUCAUCUUCCUCUUCUUCUUCAUCUUCAAGAAGUAGUAUACAAAGUCUUGCUACGAAGCAAGAAGGUACUACAACCCUUGUAGUUUUUGAAGAUUUGGGUGCUGAGUACUUAGAAGAGCUUAUGAGAUCAUGUUCAUAAUCAUAUCUACUUUAACAAUAAUAUGAGAUUUGAGUGACCUUUAUUUUUAUAAUAGUUUUAUUGUUGUCGGAUUUUGGAAGGGCUGUGAUGGGGAUGUUGGAAGUGUAUAGACAGUGGUCUACUGUUGCGUUAUUGUUGGAAAGCAUGUAUUAUGAAUUAUCUAGUACUAAGUAAAUCACUAUACCUUAA